AUGUCGAACGUCGCACCGACUCGAUCAAAUCGUCAGCGCUGCUGGGACAACCGCGACUUGUACUAUGCGUGCCUAGCCAAGAACUCGAUUCUUGUGCCCCCUGGAACAGAUAUGUCAGAUACGAAGGGCCCUUUGGGGCAGGGCAAGUUUGCGGAACCAUCACGCAGCGCUGCUGAACGUGCCAAGAUCGCGGAAGAGGAGCGUCGUACCGAUCCAUGUGUGACGGAAAGGAAUGCCUACGAGGGAAGCUGUGCGCAUAGCUGGGUACGUUGCUGGCCUACUAACCGACUGAUUGACUACUUCAACAAACGUCGUGUGCUGGAAGAGCGCCAAAAAACCUUCUAUGCCGAUGCAGAGGCCCGUGUAGCUGCACGCAAGUAA